CUUCCUGCUUCCUUUAUUCGCGUCUUAAAGUGAAUCUUGUUGAUGUGAGCGCGCGCUACAGCCUCGUCCUGUUGGUGGUCGCUGAGACGGACAAUUUCCAGGUAGAGAGAGGAGCGCGCGCACAAGAGCUCUCUCUCUCGCGCGCGCGCGCUAGCUCGCUCUCUCUCUCUCUCUCUCUCUCUCUCUCUGCGCUCUCACUGUCCUGAGAAAUUACUUCAUUCGUCCAGGGGUGAGCAGCCCUAUCAAUCCUCUGUUACACUAUUCCAAAAAGAAGCUCAAGCCUUUCUCAUCUUCAGAGGUUCUCAAGCUGUGUCCAGCUGGCAGGCUUUAAAAUGGCGUGACAACAUUUCCAGUGAUGCCGGACCAUGACAACACGUCCCUCUUAAAUAGAAAAACCAAGAGAAGAAGAGUUGACAUCGGAGUGAAAAGGACUGUAGGUACAGUGUUUGUAGCUUUUGACCAUUUAAAAACAAGCAAUUUCAGUGCCAUGAAUCCCCACGGAGCUGAGAAGGAUGUCAACUGUUCAGUGGUGCAGCACACAGACAGUGAGAAGUCCAAUGUGCUUCACAAGUUGCUGAAGCGGGCCAACUCUUAUGAAGACACUUUGGUGACCUUUCCUGGGGCCACCAUCAUCUCCCAUCUGCUGAAAAACAAUUUAACCAAAAAUGGGGCAAAUGAAUCUGACUACCAGAGCAGUGGCCUGUCCAGGACAGGCUCAGAGAUCCACCAGGAGGAUGCCUGCAGCACCUCAUCACGCGGCAGCCCUCAGGAGUGUCUGUCCCCUUUCGGUAGGCCUUCCAUGGCACAAUUUGACAUUGAUCGGUUGACAGAUGAGCACCUGAGGGCUAAACGUGCUAGAGUGGAGAACAUAAUCCGUGGGAUGAGCCACUCUCCAAAUGUCACGCACCGUAUAGGUGAGACUGAGCGUGAUGGGGCACCUCAACCCCUAAGCCCUCGCGAGAGUUACAGGGAAAACAAGCGUAAGCAGAAACUACCCCAGCAGCAGCAGAGUUUCCAGCAACUCAUUUCUGCUCGCAAAGAGCAAAAACACGAGGAGCGCCGUCAUCUCAAACUACAGCUAGAGGACAUGCAAAAACAGCUCCGUCAGCUCCAAGAAAAGUUCUAUCAGAUUUAUGAUAGCACUGACUCUGAGAAUGAUGAAGAUGGAAACCUCUCAGAGGACAGCCUGCAUUCUGAUGGAAUGGACAACCAUAUAUCUGACUCUGUUACAAACCGCUCAGAAAAUGAGAUGUCUGACCUUGAUCCAGGACAUUUCUUAGACCAAGCCCAGGCACUUAUUUGUGAGCAAACCAUGAUGACCGAGGGAGAGAAGCCCAAACGCGAUGGCUCUCGAGGAAAAGGUUAUAAAUCAAUGUCCAUGCAUGCAGAAGGGAAACAACUAGCAGAAACACUGAAACAGGAACUAAACACUGCAAUGACCCAGGUGGUGGACACAGUGGUAAAGGUCUUUGCAAAAACCCCAUAUCCACUUCCUCAGGGCUUCCCAACUGUGCAGGCACCCUCCGACCGCUUUGUAAUGAAUCGCGAGAACCCACAUUUUCACACUGCUAACCAGCGUCUACAGUGUUUUGGUGAUGUCAUUAUUCCCAAUCCCCUCAAUUCGUUUAGCAACAUGCGAGUGCCCAACUCAAAUGACCAAACAGAAGCCCUGCCUCUAGUGGUGAGAAAGAACUCCACUGACCAGCCUGGAUCGCUACCCACACCUGCAAAUCACCACCCUGGUCUUCACCCAUCACCAUUAUCCUCAACUGUGGCCUUCAGUCCUCCAUCCUUCCGACAUCCUUUUCCUCUUCAUAUUAUGGGUUAUCCUUUCCAAAGCCCUCUAGGUGCCCCAAAUGGGCCUUAUCCAGGCAAGGACAGGUCUUCUCCCGAGUCUAUGGACCUGUCUAGAGAAACCACUAGCUUACGGACCAAGAUGUCAUCCAACCAUCUCAGCCUCCAUCGUUCUAUCUCGCCAACACAUCCAGGAAACCCUGAAGGCCUUUCAAUAUCUCUCAUCAAGUCUGAAUGUGGGGACCUCCAAGAUAUGUCUGAUAUCUCUCCAUAUUCAGGAAGUACAAUCCAAGAAGGCUUAUCUCCCAACCACUUGAAGAAGGCAAAGCUGAUGUUCUUCUACACACGCUAUCCCAGCUCCAACAUGCUGAAAAUGUUCUUCUCCGAUGUGAAGUUCAACCGCUGCAUCACCUCUCAGCUGAUCAAGUGGUUUAGCAACUUCCGUGAGUUCUACUACAUCCAGAUGGAGAAGUUUGCUCGGCAGGCCAUAAAUGAUGGUGUGACUGGUGCAGAUGAACUAACGGUCAGUCGAGACUGUGAGCUCUAUCGUGCUCUCAACAUGCACUAUAACAAGGCCAAUGACUUUGAGCAGGUUCCGGAACGAUUUCUGGAAGUGGCGCAGAUCACAUUACGGGAGUUUUUCAAUGCUAUUGUGGCAGGCAAAGAUGUUGAUCCUUCCUGGAAGAAGGCCAUAUACAAGGUCAUCUGCAAGCUGGACAGUGAGGUCCCAGAGAUUUUUAAAUCUCCCAACUGUCUGCAGGAGCUUCUGCAUGAGUAAAAACUGGUAUUGCCUAGUACUUAACAACUUCACUCUCCCCCAGAGAUUCAUUCAUUUCUGUAUGAAAAUUAAGGUAGCAUUUUUAAAUUUUUAAAUUCCAGCUACUUUGUUGGCUGUUUGUGCUUCUUUGUCUAAAACAAAUAAGUCUGAUAGUUUUGACUGCAUUAAUCUUAGUCAACUCCUUGCUCCUGUCUGUAUAAAGGGCGUUGCUAUAUUUACCACAAGAUGGUAAACUAAUAGAUGGUACCCAAGAAAUCCCUCCAAUUUUUUGGGCAUUUUGUUAAUAGUUUGUUUCAUGCCAGAAUGUUUGCAAUGUGUGAUUAAAUUUUUAGCUGUAUAGAUGUGAUUAUUAUUUAUGAAUAAUAUAAUUAUUACUAUUAAUGUUAUUAAUGCUUGCAAAAACACUUGUGGUAUUCUUGUUUCUCAUGGCAUUGCUGAAUAAAUUAUACUUUGAAUAAAAACGAUUAAGGGAGUAUAUUUUUAGGUUUAUCAUUCAACACUGCUAAAAUGUUAUUGCGUCUAAUUUGACAGUGUUGGGGCUAAACAAGGUGGCCUACUCAUAAGCAACACAACUAUUGGAUACCAGCAUCAGUCCAGUUGGGCACUUUUCCCUGAGAAUCCCCCAUUUGCCAGUAAAGGCAUUUUAUCCCAUGUACUCAGUAAAAUAAAAUAUGUAAACAGAUGCUCAUGCAUAGAUUAAUAGACUGAUAGAGAAACACAAGCUCACAAAAGUCAAACACAUUCUGAGGCUUAAACCAAGGGACUACUAAAUGUAAACCCGUAUAAACAUUUUUUUUAUUUAUGUAUUUUUUAUUUAAUAGAUCACUUUGUAAUCAACACCAGCAACUGUAAUAAUUUUGGCUUAUCAUUCAACAUUAUUACAGGCAUCUGUCAUUCAAAUAAGCAAGAAGACAUUUUUGAAAUAAUUUUGGAAUUGACACAGACAAUUUUCAGAAAUUGAGGCUGGGGUUUCCUUUGGACCGUUCCAAAAUUGACCAUUCAGGAAAAUAUGAUCUUCAAAUUUCGUGUGCAAUCAUCUCUAAAUCAAGGAAACGGAAAUUUGAAGCCAAUAAAAUCAAUUUGCUCUGGGAAUCAUAUGUAUUGGCAAAAUUAAUUUAAUUAACAAAAAUGCAGGUCCACACAAAUUGUCUGGGGGGAACAACAAACCUGGUGAUUGGGUGUAUGAGUGUAAAAAGUGAUGCUUAAUUCUUGUGCCAGACUGUCUGCUGCAAUAUGCACAAUUAAUCUAGAAACAUAAUAAAACCAUAAAAAGUCAAAGUUAAAAACUAAGAAAUACUACAUUUUUGUAGUAAUUGUGAUAUUUUUUCUAACAAUUCACAUAUGAUUUUCUAGUAGAUAAUAAAAUGCAUAUGUAAUAUGCAUUAGGCAGUACUAAAAAAUUUAAGAAAAUGUCAGUGAUUCAACUGUACUGACUAAAUGGAGGCUAUGACCAGACCACAUAAGUUGGUCUACACAAAGUCAUAAGCCUCCAUCUCCAAUCCCUGAAGGCCAUGGCUAAUCUUUCAGCACGAUUUACUGCUAAACUGUGCUACACUAGAGUCCCAGGACCGAGGUCACUUCAGUCAGGAUCAGGACCAACCGGGGAGACACCACAGAAACGUAACUAUGCUUUGACUUUAUGUGUAACUUGCAUGCGUCCUUCUUGAGUGUUGACAUGGUAGUUUAGCUAUAAUUAGUUUGUUAUGUAGAUCAACACUUUUGCCCACUUCACAUAAUAAGAUCCAAAUAACUGCCUACACUUUCUGUUUGUCUGUCAUUAAGCUUCAUUCCACUCAUUAUCCAAUUGUCAAUCAAUUAUUUUCACUACAUUUGUACAGAUAUUCCGUUGGCAUAUAUUUUGUACUAUAUUGAUGCAUACAAUUACUCUUCUUUUUAUUAAACUUUGUGCAUU